AUGGCUACAUCGGCAUUUAAGUCGACGACGAAAAGAGAUCCGAUUGGAACUUCAUCGCCCUCAACUAACGAUUCGCCGACCUCUUCGGCGUCUAAGGCUCACAGACGUUCUAGAAGUCUUAGUAGAUUCUCACGGCCGAUUCCAACGGAGAUUGAUUCAGGUGUUCUUCCUACUCCGAGGCGCAAGUUUGUUAAUACCGUGAGAGGUUCAGAUUUCCCGGAAAUUAGUCUUGAUGAUCUAGCAAUCGAGUUUUUCUCGGGGAAGGAUAACAGCUCUGAGGUAGAUGAUGAGAGUGGAAGCAGUAGAAGCAGCCGGCCUGUUCGUGUGAAGUCUGAGAUUAGUCCUGUACUGGGUUCCUCUCAAAGGCGUGGGAGGUCUGUGUCAAGGCGUAACGGUGAUACUGCUUCUAAUGCUGGUGGUACAAUUCGAACUGUGCCACAUGCUGAGAUUAGUUCUGUAACACCUUCGUCUCAAAGGCGUGGGAGGUCUGUGUCGAGGCGUAACGAUGGUACUCCUUCUAAUGCUGGUGGUACUACUAGGGCUGUUCCAAAUGCUGAUUCAAGGAGGAGGCGGUCUGUAUCAGUUGCACGGUAUCAGAUUAGUGAUUCUGAGAGUGAUAUAGAUCUUUCCAGGAGUUCUACCAAUCAACCCAAAUCUAGGAGCAUCAAUAAUGGCAAUGGCAAUAGUCGGGUUGCUUCAUUUCAAAGGCCCACUGCUUCAAGUCAUCGAAAACUAAGCAGGUCUAUGAGUCAAACACCUCAAUGGAGGUCACACGAUGGCUACUCGAGCCAGUCUUCAGCAUUGACUGAUGAUGAUUCAAGAGAUGCCCGUUACGGGAAAAAUGGAAUUGAGAAGACUAUUCGAGCUGUUUAUGCACAAAAAAAGAUUGAUCACCCGACUGGGGACAAUGUUGACCAUGGACUUUAUCAAGCAAUGAGAAAAGAGCUUCGAUCUGCUGUGAAUGAAAUCAUGAUAGGACUUGAACAGACCAUGGAAAGAAAGCCUUCUGCAUUGUCUGUCCAUGAUCGCUUGCAUUCAAGCAAAUCCGAUGGUCUUCAAAACAAGACUAUGACUACAACAAGAAAGAACCACCCAACAAAGUCAAAAGAGCAUCAAGGUGAAGAUGGGUACAAGAUUGUUAGGGAGGUGCUUCCUGACUCAAAGAACAAUGUUAAUGCACAGAAAGCUUCAUACUCCAGAAAGAGGAGCAAUGAUAGGAGCAGAAUGUCUAAAAGAUUAAACGAAGAAGCAGAGAGGUAUCUUGAAGACUUCAUAUCAAAUAUUGAAGAUACAGAUUUUUCUUCUUUUGAUGGUGAAAGAAGUGACACGAGUUCAACCUUAGUUGGAGCUACAAAACCAAUCCAAAAUGGUAGUCCUAGUCCUGUGGGUGCAGCAGCAGGAGUGAAGUCUGUUCCUGUUGAAAUGGAAGGUGUUAAUCUACCUUGGUUGAAAUGGGAUGACACUGAUGCUGUUCCUUCAACUCCAAUAAUACAGACUCCUACAACCCCCCCAAAACCAAAACUGUGGGAACCAUCUCAGGAUUUGGAAUUGAUCCAAGAACAACAAGGCAGCAGCAGUAGCCAUGCAAGUUGGGACCCACCUCUACAUGAUAAAAGUGCUGCUUCAACGAAUAGAAGAGAAAGAGAAAGCCAUGAUGGAUGUUUGGACAUGAACAAGUAUUUGGAGCUUGAGAAGAAUGAGCAGCUCAUGUUUGAUAGGUGGAGGGAAAGAAAUGUCAUUCGGUCUGGUGGUUCGUAG